GAACCCCGCCCUCCCUCUCUCCCUCGACCCUCGACCAAUUCCACCAAUUCGACGAUCCCUGCCACCCCCUCCAACUCAUCUCACAACAUUACUGUACUGUAGUAGUCUACCUUGGCUCUCCCUCGCUCUCUAAGCAGCUAGCACCCAGCUACCUAGCUCGCUAGCUAGCUAGCUAGUUACCUAACUCAGCAGACAUGCUCCCUCAACCGCGAUCAGAGGGCACCCUCCUCAUGUCCCCUUCCACUUCACAAGACGCCCUCUACUCGUCUUCUCCUCUCUCAGAGUACUCUGCAACACUCCCAGAACAAGAAGCCCCCGACGAGGCUAGACGCUCAACCAGCGCAUCCGAAGCUCUCCAGUACUACUGGUCGAGCUCGGCUGGCGAGCGCAACGGCUCCGUCGGCUCCAAUCUAGGCUUGUCCCCCAUCGACACUUCUUCCUCCUCCGCUUCUCGCAUCCUCGCAUCACCAUACUCCCUCUCCUCACCCAACCCCCUCGCACCGCUCGGCACCUCCCCCCUCAUGAACAACAAAAGUGACGUGAGUCUUCGCGAUCUAGUCGUCCAGGAGGAACACGCGCGCCUUGCCGGAUCAAGCACGGCCGCCGACUUGCCUGACCCGCGCGGUGGUAUGCCCCGCGAUCACGAGGCCACCGCCGCCGGGCAGAGCAACCGUCGCAUCCAUCUCGUCUCGUACCCCAGCGACGGGAGCAUCCCUCGCGCGUCCAACUCAAAUCGCCCAUCCAGUCGUGCUUCGAGCAAUUCAGGCGAGAGCGAGUACUCGCUACCCGACGAGAGCGGGAGAGAAGAGCCAGUGCAGAGACCCAUACCGCGCCGCACGUCGCCAAUGUUGCAACAGCGGCCGCGUGGGCUCGUUGACGCCGAGGGGCGCCUUGACGUGUUGCUCGACCCCUCAUUUGAGGAAUGGGCGCACCAGCGUGCAUGGGAAGGCGGCGACCACAGGAGCUCGAGUGCGCCUAUCUCGCCAUCGGAGGCCGCUGCACCUGGCGCCGCCUCUGGCCAGUGGCAUUCACCAGGGGCGACUCUCCUCGACCGGCGGCGUGCUGUACGUACGCCAUCACCAUCCCGCGACCGCACGCCGCGCAACUCUGCAAUGUCCGCGCGGUCGGGGUCACAAACGCCGCGCGCCUCGCUCCCUAAAAGCGGGCGGUUGCUGUUCGUCGCGCCGGCUGACGUGUCGCGAGGCUCGAUCGAUGCGUUGGAACGUGAAGCACGCGAGGCUAAUGGCGUGGGUUUGGAUACAACACGCGGCAGUCGCGUAGGUUUGUCCAUUCUGGGCAAGGAAGAUCCAGAAAUGCCUCACAGUGCGCCCGCGAUCAAAACAGGUUUUGGCGACAUCGGGCUCCCGGAAGCACGUCGUCCUACUUCACUCUUGCCGUCUGCGCACAUGAACUCGCCAUCAGAACGCAAGCUCAGCGCACCAAAUGGGGAUCCUGUGCUGGGUGCAAGACGAAGUCCAGAACCUCCACCUCGGAGUGAACUUCGUAAACAGCCGACACGCACGCCAACGCCACCAGGCGGUCCCCUCGUCACUACCCCUACUUCAUUAUCUUCCCCAAUCACCAUGAACAACAACAACAACAACAACAACAAUAACAACGUCGACCACGUCAAGCCGCUGCGACCAUCAGGAGGUCUGCGUACUCACACGCUCCCCACUAUCAUCAACACGCCCAACACGCCUGUCACCUCGCCGCAGCAACCUGGACGGAGCGCCCGCGCCCCCUCGCCGCGGUCACACACCGCCCCUCUACCCAGCGAACGAGAGGGGUCACCAAAGCCGAGCAUGCGCGAGUCGGGCACCAUCCAGGACCUGACAAACAUCCUUGGCGGGGCUAUCGACGAGAUUGGACUAAUCGACUCGCGGGACACGCCGCCACCAAAUGUUGGCGAGCCGCCCAAACAUCGCGUGCCAUUGACACUUUCACAGGUGCCCGUGCGCUCGGCCUCCAGCUAUGCCAACGCUGUGCCCAUUCACACACCCGAGCAGCAGUUCGCGCAACUCCCAUCAGCCGGCACCUCGCAUGGGACGUCGCCGACGGGGCGAGCUAUGCUCGGCGCGAGCCCAAUAGGUCUGGGCCUGAUGAGCAGCGUAGGGGCCAGCGUGGCUGCCGCGGGUAACGCAGCAACCCAAAGGACAGGAAACGCUGUCCGCCACGUGCGCAAGGCGUCGUCGAUACUGUCGCUGAGAUCGAGCAACUACUCGCACCUUUCGCCAACAGCUUCGACGUUCUCACCAAGUUCUUUGCCCAACGCCGUGUUGUUUGGGAGUAUUAAGCAGCUGAAGACGCCGAGGGAUCGCGCGAGAGCGUACGAGCAGAGCACGGCCGAGCUUCAGCGGACAGAGUCGGGCCUGCGCGAGUGGCUUUAUCACCAACCUCCAGUGCGGCAGAUGAUGCCGCGGCCAAAGGCGCCUGGUCAGUCGGCAUUAGGCUUCGGAUUACGUGCGCCUGAGGAGACGCAGCGCAUUGUGUCCGGUGGCUCCGAGUUCCCUAUGAGAGCGGACGGAUUCUCGUCCGCGGCGAAAGAGCUCUCGGUGAGAAACCUCGAUCUCGCAGACGCCCCGACUGCACUUCCUUCAAACCUUCCCUACCCGCAGCUGCAGCAACACAUCAAGGGGUCGAACAGCAUGCAGAGUCUCACAAGCCUGUCAUCAUACAAGCCACAACCACGCGGCCUGGGUCGCGCCUUCGGCUUCCUCAAGCGGGACAAGGAGAAUGCGUCGCUCGCGAGCCUCGGCCCGGCGAACCCACAGGCCUACGCGCCGAGCAUGAGCGGCUCGAAGCGAGAGCUGCGCAGCAUGCCCAUCUCAGCGCCCUACUCGCCCGCGGCAGGCCGGAGCAGCCUCGACAGCCUCGACGGGCCGCGCCUCCAGCCGUCGCUUGGCGUGCCGCGGGGCCCGCGCGACGUACCUGGGCGAGUAAGCCAGGAGGCACAGCGCAGCUCGCUGGACAGGCAGCGCUCGCCGGCGCCAGGCCCCGGUGCGCCGGUGCACGGGCCGCACGGGGCAUCGCCGCUCGCGCAGCGCGACCACAACGUCAGCGACGAGGAGGUGCGCGCCAUGUCGGAGAUGCUGCCGCACAGCGAGCGCGCGGUGCUACGUGCAUAUCUCCAGACGUACGGCGAGCCGAGCUAUGCCCUGACGGCGUACAUCGAAGACGAGAAGAACGGGAGACUGAUGCGGGCGUCGUGAGGAGUGGAGAAGUGUGAGCAGCAGCAGCAGCUG